AUGGAGAUCCCUGAUUGGGAGGAGGCCCAGGGCAACGGGACGCAGCUCCUGGUGGAGACAGCUCCGCCCCGCCCCUCGACCCCGCCCCCCGUCAGCCAGCUCAUCAUCCCCUCUCCCAUUCCAGGACUCUACUUCGCGCCGCUGGUGGCAGGGGCGGUGGCCGUGGCCGCUUUCGCUCUGGGCGCCGGGACCUGGGGCUGCCGCCGCUACCGGAACGGAGAUGCAGUUAAGGAACCGCGCAGGUAG